AUGUCUAUAGGAGUACGUUGCCUAACCGUGUUGGGCGAGUUCAAGCCGUUUGGCCUCAUUGCCGAAGCUCUCGACGGCAAACCUCCUGACACUGUCACUGACAAGUAUGGUUACUUCCUCUUUGAUCCAGAAAUUGCGCGAGACAGAGAUGCCGAAGAUGAUUUCGACGACGUUUCUUUGGCACCGAGCAAUCGUGGCGAUCACGAGCUUUUCAUUCGCGGCAAUAGGAUUAUAUGGUCAACGGGUGAAGUGGUAUCACUUCCACUUCCUCGUACAAUUACAUCCAUAUGGCCUCUUCCUUUUGGUUUACUACUCCAGCAAGAAGUUGAAGCAAAUAUGCAGUCACGAGUUCCUUUUUCAUCUACAAGUCCUUUGCUCAGUACACGUGAUAUGCUGCUUAGUGCAUCUAAUCAUAUCCAAAAGGGGGAGGGUACUUCAGUUUCCUCUCAUCUCAUUUUGUUGGAUCCACUGGAUGAACACCGACCAACUUUUAUUGAAGAAAGAGGGAAAUUGAACAUGAUGAAGGAAUACGAUGAAAAGACAAUAUGGACAAGUGAUCAAGUCCCACUUAUGGCAUCCUAUAAUAAAGGAAAGAUGCAACACUCUUUGUGGGUUGCAGAAAUUGUCAAUUCUACUAUUGACGAGGAGUCGACGAGUAGUUUAUUACCUGUAGAUCCCAUGAGUGUAUUGCCAAAGCAUUUGUCCUUCCGUAAAAUAUGGCACGGAAAAGGUGCUCAAAUAGCUGCUUUCGUUGUCGGAGCAAUCGUCAGAGCAAUUGCUAGAGUCGCCGCUGGCACAGUAACCGGAGCUGGAAUUUUCAUCCUUGUCAGAGUUGUCCUCGGAGCUAGUUUCCUCUCUGCCAUUGAUGCAAUUAAAGUCCUUACAUCAAUUCAAGAUGCAUUGAAGGAUGAGAAUGGGGUCUUCAUGGCCACUGAUGAUGAUGCAACUCCUGUUGUCUGCUUUUUUCACCAAGAACAAAGAAAGUUGUUAUCUGUUAGCCUUCAGAUUGUUGAAAUAAAUAACGACAUUGUGUUUGAUAUUAAACCUGAUAUGGGAUGGAACAUACAUGCCAUUGCUGCAUCACCUGUGACGGUAACCCGCCCUAGGGUCAAAGUAGGACUGCUUCCAUAUUCAGACAUAAUGGUUUUGGCUCCUGAAAAUGUUCUGCUUCUCUAUUCUGGGAAGCAAUGCUUGUGCAAAUAUGUGUUACCUUCUUGCUUAAAUAAAGAUAAGAUUUUGCAUGAUCUGGACAUGUCAGAAGAAUCUUCUCUUCCCAAUGAUUUAAAGAUUACUGGCCUUGCUGAUGCUGUUGAGGGGCGAGUCAAUGUGAUAGUAAACAAUAGGCAGAUCUUUAGAUGUGCAUUACGAGAGAGUCCUUCAUCAACAUUAGCUAAUGAUUGCAUCACAGCACUUGCUGAGGGGCUUCGUUCUAGUUUUUACAGACAUCUUCUUGGUCUUCUCUGGAAAGAUGGUGAUCCAGCUCAUCAGUCAGAAGCUAAAUCUGUUGUUGAUUCAGAAUGGGAUUCUUUCUGUCAUGUAAUUAUGGAAAUCUGCAGAAAAAAUAAAAAUAUUUGUCAAAAGGGCUCUGAUUCAGUGGAACAUUCUGCAUGGAACUUCCUUGUUAGCAGCAACUUUCAUUAUAAUUUUUGCAAAGUAAACUCAAUAUUUGAAGUACCUUGUGCAGUCUCACUUAAUCAGCGGGAAUCAAAUUUGCCCAGGUCAUUUGUAGAUAGCACACAAAGUUCUGAAGAGGCAUUUUAUACUGAUUUGUUAAGGGAAAGUAUGGAAUCUCUUCAUGGACUCUAUGAAAGCCUGAAACUUGAUAAUCUUCGCAAAAGGGACUUAGAGCUUCUUUCAGUUCUCUUGUGCAACAUUGCCGAAUUUCUGGUUGAGGAAAACUACCUGGAUCAUUACGUUCGUGAUUUCCCUGGCCUCAGUAAAAAGUUUCUGAAGUCUGGAAUGUUCAUUUCACCUAAAAUUUGUCCAAGUUUGUUCAGAUGGUUUGAAAAUUGCUUGCAAUAUGGAUGUAAUUAUGCUAAUAUUAAUGAUGUUCCAGCUUUAGUAUGUAAAGAAGGAAGUUCUGUGGUUAGCAUAGCCCGGAAAGUUGUUUGCUUUUAUAGUAUAUUAUCUGGUGCCAAAUUGCUGGGAAAGAAGCUGUCCACUGGUGUUUACUGUAACAUUACUAUUGGAUCACAUUCUUCAAAGGAGGAGCUUACUGUUUUAGCAAUGGUUGGUGAAAGAUUUGGGCUACAACAGCUGGACUCCCUACCUUCUGGUGUAUCUCUUCCACUUCGACAUGCAUUAGAUAAAUGUCGUGAUUCACCUCCCAAUGACUGGCCAGCUGCUGCUUAUGUACUUCUUGGCCGGCAAGAUUUAGCAAUGUCAACUUUGGCACGUGAAUGCAAAUAUAGGGGCAUUGAAGCACCAACCAAUGUGAAUGUAAUCUCUAUGUCCACACCUUAUAUGCUAAAUCUGCAUCCAGUGACAAUAUCUUCUACUAUUUCUGAUGCAAUUGGAUUGGAAGGAACAAAGUUUGAGGAUGCAGAUUCAGUUGAUGGGUCUAUGACUGACGGUAUGGAGCAUAUAUUCAACUCUAGCACUCAGUUGCGUUAUGGUCGGGAUCUUAGAUUGAAUGAGGUUGGUUAUGUCACUUCACAACUGAUUUGA